AUGUUCACUAUUCCUUACCAGAUUGUCGAUGUAUUCUCCUCAACGGCCUACAAAGGCAAUCCGCUCGCGGUCGUAGACAACACCGCAAAUUCAUUGAGCAGCACGCAAAUGCGUCUAAUGGCACGACAGUUCAAUCUCUCCGAAACAACAUUCGUGUGUCCCCCAGAGCACCCCGAGGCUACGUGGCGAUUACGGUCUUUUCUUCCGAAUGGAGAGGAGGUCUUCGGAGCAGGGCACAACUCACUCGGUGCGUGGUGGUGGAUUGCGUCUUUUGGGCUGUUGGGUGGUGCGAUGAGUAGCGCAGAUACAGCUCCUCGGCUCUAUCACCAGCAGCUGGGUGAAGACGUCCUCCCUGUCAUCGUUUCAAAGUCAGACUCUGCACAGAUCAUGAUAUCAAUGCGUCAAGGCCAGCCACAGUUCUUGCAAAGGCAUGAUGAUCCAGGUGCCCUUGCUCAAUCACUUGGGAUUAGUGUACACGACAUCGGACUACCGCUGUCGGGAUCUGAUGCGGCCGAACCACAGGUUGUUACCACGUCUCCAGCACGCCACCUCCUAGUCCCAGUUCGCACCAGAGAAGUUCUUGACACCGUCAUCUUUAAUAAGGAACGAGCCCUGCAAGAGCUUGCCCGUACACAAAGCGACAAUAGUGGGAUCUAUGUCUUCACAACUCUGGAUGGGAAUACAGCCGGUACCAGCGACAAAGUCCCCAGAUAUGUGGCCCGGUUUUUCAGCCCAGGGAUGUUAAUGGAAGAUCCAGCGACAGGUUCAGCCGCAGGUCCUCUGGCAGCGUACCUUCAUGUCAACGGAGCCUUGGGUUCUGCGGGAAAUACAAGGAAGGAGAUUGAAGUUUUGCAGGGUUUAAAGACAGGCCGAGAAUGCGUGAUGCGACUAAGUAUUGACAUCGACGAAGAAAGCUCUUUAACGGGUAUCAGGAUUUCUGGAACUGGUGUACUAGUAGCUGAGGGAAACAUCCGCGUACCUGCGCCAGAUACUGCCUUUUAA